CCGCACUCUCCGCUGUCGCCACGGCCUGGCCAGGGGAGCCAGAUGAUUGGUCCGCCCAGGAGCAGCCCGCUGUUCUGAUUGGCUGGCAGCGGGCGGCCUCCCACGCGUUCCUCCCUCUGGUGGCAGUCAGGCUAGGCUGCGGCGCGCAGGGGAAGGAGACGCUGCCCUUCCGAAGCCAUGGGCAGUGCCUGGAGAGAAAAUUCACAGUUGGAGACCUAUUCUGGAAUCCCGAGGCACAUUUUGAAACAAAGUUGGAUUUCUUUGUGAACUCUCUGAGCAGUUCCCAUAAGUGUCCUUCCCACACGCUGACUCCUGUGGGUAUUCUGAGCCUCAUUCAGACAUGGCCUUUCAGAGAACGGAGGGAAUGUCCAUCAUCCAGGCCUUGGCAAUGACAGUGGCAGAAAUCCCUGUGUUUCUUUACACGACAUUUGGGCAGUCUGUCUUCUCUCAGCUGAGACUCUCCCCAGGCCUGAGGAAGGUGCUGUUUGCUACAGCUCUUGGGACAGUUGCCUUAGCUCUGGCCGCGCACCAGCUGAAGCGGCGUCGACGUCGAAAGAGACAGAUCACCCCAGAAAAGUGUGGCAUUAAGCCUGGAGGAGUCCCUGCCCCCUCUUUACCAACCAAGAAGGUCCCUUCGGUGAGAAAAGGAUACUCCAGCAGGAGAGUACAAAGUCCUAGCAGCAAGAGCAAUGACACACUCAGCGGGAUUUCCUCCAUUGAGCCAAGCAAGCAUUCCUGCUCCUCCCACAGUCUAGCCUCGAUAGUGGCUGUGAACUCUUCCAGCCCAACACCAGCAUCUGCAGGGCCCUGGGAGACGAGAGCGAUGGAAGACCCUGGAGCAGCUGGCGACUCUAGUGCUGAAAACCUCUAUAUUCAAGGGAUGGAGCUAUUUGAGGAGGCACUGCAGAAGUGGGAGCAGGCAUUGACCGUAAGGCAGAGAAACAACACUAGCACUCCAGUUUCUUGGGACAACACAAAACAUGAAGAAACUAUAUCUGAGGAGUUGCCUGAGGAGUCCCAGAAAAAGGAGUUUGCAGAGAAGCUUGAAUCUCUCUUGCACCGGGCAUAUCACCUUCAGGAAGAAUUUGGGUCAACGCUCCCUUCGGACAGCAUGCUGCUAGACCUGGAGAGAACUCUCAUGCUUCCCCUGACAGAUGGGUCACUGAGACUUCGGACAGAUGAUGAAGACAGUUUGACUUCUGAGGACUCCUUCUUUUCCGCUGCAGAGCUCAUCGACUCCCUCCAGAUUGGGAAAAUACCUUUUCAGCUUUCCAAGCCAGCAGCUGCAUACGAAGAAGCUCUACAGUUGGUGAAAGAAGGGAGCGUUUCAUGCAGAACACUAAGGACAGAGCUUCUAGGCUGCUACCAUGAUCAGGAUUUCCUGGCAAAGCUCCACUGUGUCAGGCAGGCCUUCCAGGCCCUUCUGCAGGAUGAGAGCAACCAGUUGUUUUUUGGAGAGGUUGGAAAGCAGAUGGUGACAGGACUAAUGACAAAGGCUGAGAAGAACCCCAAAGGUUUUCUGGAAAGCUAUGAGGAGAUGCUACAUUACGCACUGAAGCAAGACACCUGGCCAAGCACUCAGCGGGAGCUGGAAGGACGAGGGGUGGUGUGCAUGAAUUUCUUUGAUAUUGUGCUGGACUUCAUUCUCAUGGAUGCUUUUGAGGACCUAGAGAACCCUCCCUCCUCUGUCCUAGCUGUCCUGCGCAACCGCUGGCUCUCAGACAGCUUCAAGGAGACGGCCCUAGCAACUGCCUGCUGGUCAGUUCUGAAAGCAAAGAGGAGGCUUCUAAUGGUACCAGAUGGCUUUAUCUCUCAUUUCUACUCCGUAUCGGAGCACGUCAGUCCUGUUCUAGCCUUUGGUUUUCUGGGGCCCAAACAGCAGCUGUCUGAGGUCUGUGGUUUCUUCAAGCACCAGAUAGUGCAAUAUUUGAAGGACAUGUUUGACCUGGACAAUGUGAGAUACACAACAGUGCAGUUGCUGGCAGAAGACAUUCUGCAGCUGUCACGGCGGCGCAGUGAGAUCCUCCUGGGAUAUUUGAGUAGUGAGACGACCCCAGAGAUGAAUGGGACACUGUCCAGUGAAAAUGGACCCCUAGAGGAGCUCAACUAAUAUUCAAUUAGGGGAGAAAAUCCAUUUUCUUAAAAGACCUUUUUCUAAGAGGUAGCUACACCACCUGUUGUGGUGAUCAGUGGCAACAAAACUAAUUCAUCCCCUGGCAUCACUGGACCUGCCCAGAAUUACUACUUUUUAUAGCCAGUAAUGUUGGCUGGAAUAGCUCCAGGACCACUCAGAGGCUUAUGAUUUGAACUUCCUCUUGUCUAUACCACCUCUUCUAUUUUUUAAAAAAAAUCUUUUAGUUGUGACAUAAACUGCCUGGGCCCAAGAUCCUACCCUCCUGCAUUGCAAGGGACAGCAGACAAGCUGAACUGUGUUCUUUGAGAGCAGAUCCCUGAUACUUGCAGGGAGUGGGUGGGUAGGUAAAAUGGUGACAGAUUCUCGCCUUGGCUCUUACCUCCUCUUUGAUUGAGAAGGUAUUUUUAAAAGUGACUUCUCUGCCAUGUCUCUCUGGACAUUACUGCUGAUUUUAACUUACACAUUUUAUGGUAUACAAUGCUAUUUUCAGAUAUGAUGGAGAGGAAGAGAAAUAAUUGUUUCCUGUGGGGAGGAAAAAUGCUUCUGUAAAGCACUGAAGACUAAAGAAUGGAAGUAAAACAUAGAUUUUUUUUUAAUGACA